CAGAAGUGCCUGACACGUGCGCCAGGUGGGGCCAGUCGCUCUCAGCAACUAAACGCUGGACGUAUCUCCUGCUGAAAUAUACCGAUCCUACUAAAGCAGCCAUACCAUUAAUUACAUCAAAGUGGUUGUCAUCUUUUAACAGCAUGCGGCGCCAGUGAUGGCGCGGGCCUGGUUGCUGGUGGCGGCCCCCUGCCUCCUGCUCUGCGCCUCGCCCGCCCGGUGCCAGCCCUGCGUCCCGGGCGUCGACACUCCAGGAGUGACAAUUCCUAGAGGAGACAUUAUACUGGAGCAUGGAAAGAUUUUGGAAAUAUAUUGCAUUAUUAAUACGUCGCACAGGCUCUCAAAGGGCAGAAAUGCCAGUCAUUUACGGUUUUAUAGGAACCAGAAGCUGUUAGGAAACGAAAAUGUGAAAAUACUUAAUACCACGACGGCAAAGUUGACUGAAGCACCGGGGCCGUCGAAAAGUAUAUAUGUAUGCAAACUGGAAAGAAAACCACUCAAAGAAUUACUAGUCUGCGCUAACAUGGUCAUCGUUGGCUAUAGACCCAUACCAAUUUACAAUUUUAUUUGUACCUCGGAGAACUGGUCGAACCUCAAUUGUUCCUGGAAAGAAAGAGAAAACCCAAUAGCAACCACCUAUAAACUUAGUUUUCAUUUGCCUGGUCGUUCCGGAGGAAGGAAUCAGUUCGUGUGCCCAGGCAACACUGAACGGUUCCAUUACUGUCUCUGGAACGGCACGACUACUCCGAGAUACCGCACUGAGUAUGAGUUCUACUAUUUCCAGUUCACUGGAACGAAUGUUCUCGGAGAAACCGUUUUCCCAAAGAUUCUGUUUCAUCAUUACGGACAUGUCGUUCCUUCAAAACCAUAUAGACUCACGUACCAAAAUGUGACAACGAAUAGUGUAUACCUCGAUUGGGAUCUGGAUCACCGCCUAGAGCAUUUCCCACCAGGAUUCAGCUACAAAUUACAGUACAAAGCACUAUGUGAUCCCACAGAAGAAUGGAAGACCGCCAACACUUCUGCACUGCCAAAAAGGAUGUUCAGCUUCGCCUUGACAGAUUUGGAAUACGCCAAUGCAGUGUACGAAGUAAAACUGUUCAUUCAGUCGAGAGUUGCAGCUGUGAAAGAAAUUUGGUCACAACCAGCUGUUACUAGCUUCAAGACUAAGCCAGAUGUUCCCAAAUUGCCUCCCCGGACACAAGAAGGAAGCUUCCAGGUCUUCAAAAAACAGAAUCAUCGCGAUUUAAUAGUAUACUGGCAAAAAAUCCCUAGGUGUGCCGAAAAUGGUGAAGGAUUCGGCUACAGGAUAAUUUCUGUUGAAGAAAAUGGCGAGCGUAAAGCUAUUAAACCAGAAUACAUUGGAAUGUCAUAUGCACAUUUCAAGAAACUGACCUUCAAGAGCUACAGAUUUGAAAUCGUCUCGGAGAAUAAUAUUGGCUAUUCAGGGGAUAAAUCUGUCCUUUUUGUACCAAGUGAAAGUGAGAGGCCUCCUGAGCCUACUGGUGUCACAAAAUAUGUAACUGAGGAAGGAACUACCCACAUUUCCUGGAAUCCAGUUUCUGAUACUAUGUGGUCUAACAAGAUUCAAAGUUACACUAUAUUUUGGUGUCAGAAUCAGCAUGAAGAGUCAAAUCAUUGUAGUGGCCAGUUAUAUUGGACAUACUCACAUAGAAAUAACUCCCAAACAGAACUGGCUUUCGUCCAGGGCAAAAUUAAUGACUUUGCAAUAUCUUCAAAUUAUUAUUCUGGCAGUAGUGGCAUGGUCUGGGUCACGUGCAAUUUACAAAGCAAAGAUGAACUAUUUAAGGUGGCUACUGUCCAUGUCAGUGCCAGAUCUUCAACUUCUAUUGAAGUUAGAUUCCAUAUAGAUUGUGCUAAAAAUUUACAAGAGAAUGUAUUUUAUAGUAUCUUCUACUGCCCAGUGGCUGUUUCAACUAAUUCUUCGUGUGGAGCGCCAAUGAACAAAACAGUGCAGAGUAACGCUGGUGAAAUAAUAACAGUGGUCACAGAGCUGCAUCCACAUACCACAUAUUUAAUUUAUAUCAUUCCUGUUGCCAUUAAAGAUGGAGAAAUAAGUAAAUAUGGUGAAGCAAGUGACAGAAUUUAUUGCAAAACAUUUGAAUCAGCACCAUCGCUACCCCGAAACAUUAGUUUAAGUGAUGUUACAAAUCAAUCAUUGGUGGUGACGUGGAAACCUCCACAGCAUUUGAAUGGUAUCCUGCAGCAUUAUAUCAUACACUACAAUGGAAAAUCAUUAACAACAGCACCUGCCAAACAUCUAGAGGUAAAAUUGGAGGAUUUAAAAAGUUUUACACAAUAUGAAGUGUCAAUGUCUGCAUGCACAAUUAUAUGUUCAAAUUUUACCAUUCCUGUUAACAUCACAACUGAUGUUGGUGCUCCAGGAGCUGUACACAAAAUAUCAGCAAGAAUGAAGAUGUCAUCAGAAAUAGAAGUGAAAUGGGAACCACCAAAGUUCAAAGGAGGUCAUUUAGAUUACUAUGAAUUAAAAGUUAUAUCUUUAAAUACAUGGAACUCCUCAACAAUUCAGCAUUUCAAUUCAAGUAAUCUUCAGUAUAUAAUCCCUGUGCCGGACUGUCACCACGUUUCUUUUAGUUACAGUCUUGCCAUCAGAGCUGUAAACAAAAAUGAAUCAAAUUAUACUUUCUAUGGACCAUGGAGUGAAACAAAGGAAAUUUUCUGCAAAGCAAUAACAACAAAGAGCUCCAUCACAGAAAAAACACAAGGUGUGCACAUGGCUGUUUGGGUUGUUGGAGCCAUGAGCGUAGUAGCCGUGAGCCUUGGAUUAGUUUUAUCUGUCAUAUUUACUAAAAUACAAAGAUGUAUAGCAUGGUGGAAUUCUGCACAAAAGAUUGAAGUGAAAUUGCCUCCAGGUUUGGCUCCCUGCUAUCUGGACAGAGAUUGGCUUCAAAAUCAUUCAGGGCAUAGAGAUGAACAGCUGUAUGUAGCCAUGGAGAGAGAUAUGCCAGCCAACUGUGGAACCGAAAUGGAGCAGAUGGUCACAGUAUCUCAAGUCCUUGUUGCAAGUGUAUCUAUGGAAGAAGUGUCAGUGUUGGGAUAUUACAGAACAGAUAACAUCAGAAGUGAUGAUAUCUCAGCCCAUAUAUCUGUAACAAGCAAUAUACACAGCCUACCAGUAAAUAAGGACAGUGUUAGUGAUCAAAGUGAGUGGUCAUUGUCAGACUGUAUUGUGAGAGAAAACAUGUCAGUUGGAGAUAUGUACAGUGACAGCUACUGUCUUAAUGAUCUUAAAGAGUUACAGCAGAAAAAAGUUGAACACAUUUAUGUGGGCUAUACUUGUAAACCACAAGUGUCACUUUCCUUUUCAGAUUUAUCAUCUUUAAGUUCUGUGUCAUAUAAUUUGCCUGAACAUAGCCCACAGCUCAAGGAUUUCAUUAACAGACAAAACAGCCUAGUAUCAUUAAGUAAUUGUUCCGAAUCUGAACUUUUUAAUAUUGUUGAGCAGGUAACACAAGUAGAAAAAGAUGUCAGUGAAGAAAGUCAAAAAAUUUCUGUUGAAAAUAUCAACAGUGAAAAUUACUGUCUUCAGAGUCUCGAACAGACACAGCACCAAAACCAUGAAAACAAUUAUAUAGGCCUCAUCUCCAGGCCAGAUACAUCAAUGUCUUUUUCAGACUUAUCAUCUUUAAGUUCAACAUCAUUUCUAAAAAAUUUCAUUAAUAGUGGAAACAGUGAAGACUCACUGACAGGACAGUCUUUAAAUUCUGAAACUGAACUUUUCAGUGAUGUGAUUCAGGAAGAAAAGGUAGAACAAGCUAUCAAAGAAGAAAGAUGGAAAGAAAUGUUUGUGAAAACAAGAAGUAAAUUAAAUUCAUCUGAGAGUACAUUAACUGCAGUUAAGCAUGUUCCUGACUCUUACUGUCAUAUUGGAGUGUAUUCAAUCACAUCUAAUGUUCAAGACAAGUGUGAAAUGGUUCAGCAAAUAGAGCAUCAAGCAUUGCAACCAGUAGACUUAAAAUGUGAAGCAAAGUCUAUUAAUGUACAGACUAAACCAGAAUUCAGUGAUGAAUGUUCUAAUGAAGAUGUGUGCUCCGUGUUAUCAGAUUUUGGUUCUUUGGAUUAUGUUACAGGUAUGGAAAAUGUUGAACAUAAAACUAAAAUUUCUAAUGACUAUGUUGCCACAAACACUAGUUAUUGCCACUAAUGCAGGUUGACUCCCUGAAAAUAGAAGGAGCCUGUUUUUUUCUUGAGUUUGGUUCUUACCAUUUUCUGUUUUUGGUGAAAAUACUAAUCCAGUUUACCACUCUCAUGCACUUCAACACAUUAAUUAAAUGUUUCUAAACUUAUUCAUAACAAUCUGUCGAGUUUUUUUGUAUUUCCCAGCAGAUAAUGUAUAGUUGGAAAAACACACACACACACACACACACACAGAGAGAGAGAGAGAGAGAGAGAGAGAGAGAGAGAGACAGAGAGAGAGAUGUGUCACAUCAGCAAUGUGUAACUUCAGGAACACAGAACCAGUAGAGUGUUUACAUUACUGGACUAAAGUUGCUAUUCCAAAAUGAUCCUAUGUAUUAAAUUACUUACUGUGUCUCUUUAAUAAUGUUGCCAGUUAUGCCAUGACAAGGACAUCUGUUUUUAUCUGUUUACAUUGCAACAUAUGGGUGUCAUUUCUCUAUGGUCAAAAACUAGUUGUUGCAUGAAGGUAGUUCCAUUAUUCAGUAUAUAUUUAUAUGUUAGUUUUUAUUAUGGCUAUACAUUUGUAUGAAAACAGAGAACUGUUCGAAAAGUAAGCAGAAAUUUGAACCCUAUUAAAUAUGUAUAUCUCCUUUAA